UUUGUCUAUAUAUUCCCCUUGGACAAAAUUUCACACCCGUUCACUAGUGUAAGACUCUUGUCUCUACAAAUUUUCUUUAAAAAGGAAGAGAAAAAUAGCAAAUCAAAAGAGAGAAACAAAUAGGAAAAAAAAAAAAAAAACCCUCUUCUUGAAAAAUUAAGCUGGAACUUUUGAUUGUUUUUCCUUUUUUGUUUUUUACUUUUGUUGUUAGAAUCAAUCAAAUUGAAAGAUGGGAAGGCCACCUUGCUGUGAUAAAAUUGGUGUGAAGAAAGGGCCAUGGACUCCAGAAGAAGACAUCAUCUUGGUCUCUUACAUUCAAGAACAUGGCCCUGGGAAUUGGAGGGCUGUUCCUACUAACACAGGGUUGAUGAGGUGCAGCAAAAGCUGCAGGCUCCGGUGGACGAAUUAUCUGAGGCCGGGGAUCAAACGCGGCGAUUUCACGGCGGAUGAGGAGAAGAUGAUAAUCCACCUGCAAGCCCUUCUUGGCAACAGAUGGGCUGCCAUAGCUUCAUACCUACCCCAACGCACAGACAACGACAUCAAGAACUACUGGAACACCCACCUCAAGAAGAAACUCAAGAAGCUCCAAGCCCACGACCCGGCCCAACCCAGCCCGCCCGAUCAGCCCAAGCCCACCAACUCCAAGGGCCAAUGGGAAAGGCGCCUUCAAACCGAUAUCCACCUGGCCAAAAAAGCCCUCUGCGAAGCUCUCUCCCUCGACAAGCCCGGCCCACCAGCAGGCCCAUCCCUCCUACCGGGCCCACACGGCCAGCCCACAAAACUGGCCCAUACGCCCACUUACGCAUCCAGCACUGAAAACAUAGCCCGCUUGCUCCAAGGCUGGAUGAAAAAUUCGCCUAACUCUUCUUCCCGUCAAGAGGUCUCGUCCGAAAGCACCCAGAGCUCGUCAUUUAAUAAUAAUAACAAUAUUAAUAUUAAUAAUAAUUAUGUGGGCUUGAGCUCGAGCCCGAGUGAGGGCGCAAUCAGCACGAAUUUCACGGGAGGGAUUUCGGAGGCCGCGAAUAAGCUGCUGACGCCUGAUGAGGAAAGCAAGCCGGAUAUGGAGAUUACGAAAAUGCCCUUCAGCCUGUUUGAGAAGUGGCUCCUUGACGACGCAUCGGCACAGGGGCAGGAAGGGUAUUUCAUGGACUUGGCAUUGGGGGAGACUGCUGAUUUGUUCUGAAGAAAGAUUUGAUUUCUUGAGAACAACUUAGCAGUUGAUAAAAAAGUUUUUAGGUUUGUUUUGUUUUGUGUUUUANCCUUUUGUGUUU